AUGAGCCUUCAACCUUUAACUCCAGUCAACUGUGAGGGUCUUCUUCAGCCAGGUUGCUCUCUGCUGCAGCUGGAUGGUGAGAUUCUCCUCUUCGGACAGAAGGGUUGGCCGAAGCGAUUCUGUCCGACUGGAAUAUUCGGGGUCCGAUUUAAAAACAACGAGCUCAGACUUAGGCCAAUCUCUUUCUCCAAUGACUCAGUCUAUAUCCCUCCUCUCCGUUGCCCUGCUGUCUGCCGCUUCGACCCCUACGAUGGCCUCCCGGAAAGCUACCUCAUCCAUGGCGGACGCACCCCAAAUAAUGAGAUCUCCUCGGCGCUGUAUAUGCUCACCACAGACAGUCGAGGGUGCAAUCGCAAGCUGACCUUACGGUGUAAAGAAAAAGUGCUUGUAGGUGAAGCGCCCGGCAGCCGCUACGGUCACACGCUGAGUGUAGUUCAAAGCAACGGUAAGACCGCCUGUGUGUUAUUUGGCGGCCGCUCCUACAUGUCUGACAAAGAGAGGACAACAGAAAGCUGGAACAGCGUCGUCGACUGUCCCCCUCAGGUGUUUGUGUUUGACCUCGAGUUUGGCUCCACAUCUGCUCACACUUUACCUGAGCUCGCUGAUGGUCAGGCCUUCCACCUGGCUCUGGCCAGAGAGGACUGUGUUUACUUCCUCGGAGGUCACUCACUCAACUGUGACUCUCGCCCGCCUCGACUCUUUCGCCUCUGCGUGGAGCUGUUGCAGGGGAGACCUUUGCUCUCCUGCGAGACAUUAGCCACUGGUUUAUCCAUCUCCAGUGCUGUGGUCACCCGAGUAGGCCCCACCCACAAAUACAUUAUAUUAGGAGGGUACGAGUCCAAUUCUGAGAAGAGAUUGGAGUGUAGUUCUGUGAGUCUCGAUGACAAAGGGAUUCAGAUUCAGUCAGUAGAAUCACCAAAGUGGACCCCAGACGUCCUGCACAGCCGGACGUGGUACGGUGGCUGUGCGGGGGAAGUAAGUGUCCUUCUGGCUGUCCCCAAUGAAGGACGAUCAUUAAUAACAGAUACAUAUAACUACUACCUGGCAACAUUUGAGAAUGAAAUAGAGGGUGGAAAUGAAGCUGAUACUCAGGAGUCCAGCCAGGACCUGACAGACAACUCGACUCCUCUGGAAGAUUCCGAAGAGCUCUACUUUGGUCGGGAGCCUCACGAACUGGAGGACAGCAGCGAUGAAGGCGAAGGGACCUACAACGAGGAGGAUGAGGAGGACGAAUCCCAGACUGGGUACUGGAUCAAAUGUUGUUUGGGCUGCAAGGUCGAUCAGAACACGUGGGAGCCCUUCUAUUCCACCGAGCUCCUCCGACCUGCCAUGAUCUUCUGCUCCAGAGGGGAAUCAGGACAUUGGGUUCACGCUCAGUGCAUGGAGCUCUCAGAGGCCCUGCUGUUCCGACUCUCCCAGGACAGGAAGAAGUACUUCUGUCUGGAUCACGGCGCGCUGCCCCACCAAGAGAUGACCCCACCGCGAGUGGUCUUGCCCUUGAAACGCACACCAAUGAAAGUGAAACACAGAAAACCAUCGGUAGCUCGUAAGAUAUGUCAGAAAGCCAAACGGAGCAUUUUCAAAAGACUUUUUAACUGA